ACUCAGCCACGUUGUGAAAACGCCGACAAAAAUCUGACCGAAUCGAAAAACUAACUAAAUUAGAGCAUAUCAGAUAUGGUGCUGGAUUUGGAUCUGUUUCGCAGCGACAAGGGCGGCAAUCCCAAUGCCGUGCGCGACAACCAGAAGAAGCGCUUCAAAGAUGUAGCCCUGGUGGAGACUGUGAUUGAGAAAGACACCGAGUGGCGUCAGUGCCGUCAUCGGGCCGACAACCUGAACAAGGUGAAGAAUGUGUGCAGCAAGGUGAUUGGCGAGAAGAUGAAGAAGAAGGAGCCAGUGGGGGCCGUGAGCGAGGAGCUGCCUGCUGCGGUAACCACAAGCCUAACUGAGAUUGUUCCCGAAACUCUGCAGCCGCUGACGGUCAACCAGAUCAAGCAGCUGCGCGUGCUCAUUGACGACGCCAUGACGGAAAACCAAAAGUCCCUGGAGCUGGCGGAGCAGACCAGAAACACCUCUUUACGAGAGGUCGGCAAUCACCUGCACGAUUCGGUCCCUGUGUCUAACGAUGAAGAGGAGAACCGCGUCGAGAGGACCUUUGGCGAUUGCGAAAAGCGUGGCAAGUACUCGCAUGUGGAUCUGAUUGUAAUGAUUGAUGGCAUGAAUGCCGAGAAAGGAUCUGUGGUAUCUGGGGGACGCGGCUAUUUCCUCACCGGUGCCGCUGUCUUUCUUGAGCAGGCGCUCAUUCAACAUGCCCUGCACUUGCUGUACGCUAAGGACUAUGUUCCCCUAUAUACGCCCUUCUUUAUGCGCAAGGAGGUGAUGCAAGAGGUAGCCCAGCUCUCGCAGUUCGACGAGGAGCUCUACAAGGUGGUGGGCAAGGGAAGCGAGAAAGCUGAGGAGGCUGGCACCGACGAGAAGUAUCUGAUUGCCACCUCUGAGCAGCCCAUUGCCGCCUAUCAUCGCGACGAAUGGCUCCCGGAGGCUUCGCUACCCAUAAAAUAUGCCGGCUUGUCCACGUGUUUCCGUCAGGAGGUAGGCUCCCAUGGUCGCGACACUCGCGGCAUAUUCCGCGUGCAUCAGUUUGAGAAGGUCGAACAGUUUGUGCUCACUUCCCCACACGACAACAAAUCCUGGGAAAUGAUGGACGAGAUGAUUGGCAAUGCCGAGCAGUUCUGUCAGUCGCUGGGUAUUCCAUAUCGCGUUGUGAACAUAGUGUCCGGUGCCCUCAAUCAUGCCGCCUCCAAGAAGUUAGAUCUGGAGGCCUGGUUUGGCGGCAGCGGUGCCUACAGAGAGCUCGUCUCCUGCUCCAAUUGCCUGGACUACCAGGCGCGUCGUCUGCUGGUUCGCUUUGGCCAAACCAAGAAGAUGAACGCCGCCGUGGACUAUGUACACAUGUUGAAUGCUACAAUGUGCGCUGCUACACGUGUCAUUUGCGCCAUUCUGGAAACGCAUCAGACAGAGACGGGCAUCAAGGUGCCGGAACCACUCAAGAAAUACAUGCCGGCUAAGUUCCAAGAUGAGAUUCCGUUUGUCAAGCCCGCUCCCAUCGAUCUGGAGCUGGCCGCGGCCGAGAAACAGAAGGGAAAGAAGGACAAGAGCAAGAAGGAUCCAGCUGCAGGUUAACCGAAUACCUAUCCGCGCCCCGUUAUGAUUAAUAACUGCUAAAACUAAGCUUGCACAGUCCUCAAAAUCUUUUGCUUAUCUUUACGACUUAUCUACUAUUUAUGGCAUUUAUGUGAACACUUUUUUUAUCAAUUAAAAUGGAUCAAGCUGUGCUUCGAAUGCAA